AGAGGUUAGUUAAGUAAGCCACUUCUGAAAGUGUCCCAAAUUUCUUUACAAAUUGCACAAAACACGCACAGAGAGUUGUAGCGCCAUGGCUUCGUGUUGCUCAUUGAGCUUCACAGCAGUCUCUUCAAAGCCAAACAAGCCUUACUCAUCACCUAUUUCUUCCUCUCUUCAACUCCCAAUAUUACCUUUUUCUAAAUCUUCAAAUUAUACCCUUCUCCAAACUCAAUGCUGCAAAAUCCCAUUACCAAAUAGUCCCACUUUCUUGGUUGUGGGGUCUGUGAAAAAGCAAGAACCUUUGAGGAUUAUGAUAUCGGGAGCUCCAGCUUCUGGUAAAGGAACACAAUGUGAGCUCAUUACUAAGAAAUAUGAUUUGGUGCAUAUCGCUGCUGGAGAUUUACUGAGGGCCGAAAUUGCUGCAGACACUGAAAACGGAAGACGAGCAAAGGAAUAUAUGGAUAAAGGGCAACUGGUACCAAAUGAAAUAGUUGUAACGAUGGUCAAAGAUCGGUUGAUGCGUCCAGACUCUCAAGAGAAGGGUUGGCUUUUAGAUGGAUACCCUCGGAGCUUGUCUCAAGCAGUAGCUCUCAAAGAAUUUGGUGUCCAGCCAGACCUUUUUAUUCUUCUGGAAGUACCAGAAGAGAUACUUGUUGAUAGAGUGGUUGGCCGUAGACUAGAUCCUGUAACUGGGAAAAUAUACCAUUUGAAGUAUUCUCCUCCAGAAACAGAAGAAAUUGCAGCAAGGCUUACCCAGCGCUUUGACGAUACAGAAGAAAAGGUGAAGCUGCGUCUGCAAACUCACUAUCAAAAUGUGGAAUCAGUUCUCUCAUUGUACCAAGAUAUUACAGUCCAGGUGGACGGAAGCGUUUCCAAAGAGGAGGUAUUUGCUCAGAUUGAUGGUGCAUUAUCUCAACUUCUUGAAACAAAGUAAGGAAAAUUUGGAACCGUAAUGUGAUAGAGAGCAGGAAAAAUCAGUAACAUGUACAAUGUAAUACUGAAGAGGAUCACAAAAGAUAGAGCAAUGAGGGGUUUUCUUGAUUUCAGAUUGUUGAUUGCAAUCCCUCUUAUACAAAUGUAUUGAAGUAUUCUUGUAUAUCAUUUUUGCUCCAACUAUCUAUUUUUGAGUGGAUAUUCAAUGAA